AAAGCAGCGCCUGACCGUUCGAGCUCGGAACAGGAAUCAAAACAAGGCACAGACACGCCUUCUUCGUGGUAUACCUUCACUGUCAGGACUGCAGAAAUCUGGAGGGCGAUAAAGCCGUGAAAGGCACUGUCACCUGUAAAGAAGGAGCGGGGGGCGCGAACGCCAUUGCUCUUACAUGCCAUUUCAAUUUAAAACAGCCGCCGUGGAAAUGAAAGGCAAGAUCUGACAGCCGAGUGCUUAUUAAUAAACAGGAACACCGCGAUGCCUAACCAGAAAAACAAGGGGAAGAGAAAUAAGCGCACUAAUAGUAGUGGAGAUGAACAGGAAAAUGGAGCCAAUGCUGCCGCAACGGGAGCGCAAGCGGUACCGACUGCGUUGUUGGGGGCUACGGCUGCACCACCAAAUGAAAAUACUAGCGAAGUCCCAUGUGCGACGCCUCUGGUGUGCAGUCUGGGGAGGCCCAUUGACCUAGAAAAGGACGACUACCAGCGAGUGGUGUGCAACAGCGAGGCCUGUCCGUAUGGCAACUGGAUGCACCUGCAGUGCUUCUACGAGUGGGAGAGCAGCAUCCUGGCACAGUUCAACUGCAUCGGCCGCGCGCGCAGCUGGAACGAGAAGCAGUGCCGGCAGAACAUGUGGACAAAGAAGGGCUAUGACCUGGCUUUCCGCUUCUGCUCCUGCCGGUGUGGCCAGGGCCACCUGAAGAAGGACACGGACUGGUACCAGGUGAAGCGCAUGCAGGACGAACGCAAGAAGAAGGUGGGGCCCGAGAAGGGCCUGGGGAAGCCCUGCAGUGCGACCGGCAGCGGCGGAGCGACCGGCAGCGGCGGAGCCUGCGGGGGUGCCCCGGAAUCCGGAGAGGACCUCAAGAAGGGCAAGCUUACAGGGAAUAAGGUGGCCCAGCGGACAUCCGGGCCGGAGCUGCCUCGUCGGCAGAACUCUCAGGAGCGGAGCGCUGUCGGACUGUUCUGUGGCACCAGCCUGGGCCCCCGUUCACCAUGCGAUUCGCCCGGUCAGUCCCCGCCCUCCGGCUUCUCCUUCUUCUCACCGUUGCCCUCUGGUGGCCCCCGCAGCUCACGUCACCUGGGGGAGUUCCUGAAGAAGGCCGUGCACAUAGAUGGCCAGCGGCGACACCUGCUAGCUGGGCCGGGGUCGGCGGUGGGACGCCACAUCCACCCGGAGCACGGCAUGCGGCUGGCUCCCGCGGACCACCCCGUGCAGUUCCUGCGGAGGCUGGACCUCUCUGAGCUGCUGGCGCACAUCCCCAGGCACAAGCUCAAUACGUACCACGUGCGAAUGGAGGACGACGCCCACGCGGGCCAGGGCGAGGACCUACGCAAGUUCAUCCUGUCGGCGCUCAGCGCCAGCCACCGCAACGUGGUAAACUGUGCUCUGUGCCUCCGUGUCCUGCCCGUCUUCGAGCAGUUCCCCCUGGUCGACGGGACCCUGUUUCUCAGCCCGUCCCGCCAUGAGGAGAUCGAGUAUGACGUUCCCUGCCACUUACAGGGGAGGCUCAUGCACCUGUACGCCGUCUGUGUCGACUGCCUGGAGGGGGUCCACAAGAUCGUCUGCAUCAAGUGCAAGUCGCAGUGGGAUGGUAGCUGGCACCAGCUGGGAACCAUGUACACUUACGACAUCCUAGCCGCCUCGCCGUGCUGCCAGGCUCGACUGAACUGCAAGCACUGCGGCAAGCCAGUUAUAGACGUGCGAGUGGGGAUGCAGUACUUCUCGGAGUAUAGCAACGUUCAACAGUGCCCCCACUGCGGGAACCUGGAUUACCACUUCGUCAAACCCUUCUCCUCAUACAAGGUCCUAGAGGCUUAUUGACGAACGUUUGUUUGUUAUAUUUCUCUAGGUAACCUUGCUUCUGUUCAUAAAAAUGAUUCUUUUGUUUAAAAAAAAACAAACACCUUUUUUCAUACAAGAAAAUUACGAUAUACCAAGAAAGUAUCUUUUCUAAUGAAAGAAAAAAAAGUAAAAAAAAAAAAAUGCACUCCGCUGUUUAUCUACGAGGGAGUUUUUGAAACAGGUGUGGGGAAAAAAAGGAAUUCAAGGAAAACUGUGACGAGUGAAUGUAUCGGUACACCAAAUUAUUAUUAUUUUUUUUGGAUAAAAUAAAGAAAAGGAAAGACAAAA